GCACCGGGCCGGUUUAGCUCCCGCGCCUUGUUUCAACUUUGAAACGAUAAAUAAAAACAAAAAUUGUUGGCGCGGUCAACUUAAAUCUUCAUAUUGUAAAUAAGCAGUUUCGUUUCACUUGUAACGAAAAUACCAAUAAACAUUUCGAAAUACCGAUCAUGAUACCAGUUGAGUGUAGUUUAAGUUAAGUUCAAAUCUUGCCGAGUAGGAAAGUGAGUGCAGACUACCUGACUACACAUCCUCGACCGUGAAGUUAUUUGCCACUUUCAUUCGAGAUGGCGUACCGUUGGAUUCUGUUGCUUACGGUGGCAUUGCAUAUGGUCAAGAGCAAUGAAGACAAGCCUGUGAACGAUGUGAUACCUCAUAUUUAUGAACCUUCGUGGAUGUACAAAUGCGUGCCGGACCAAGGAUGUGAGAGGACGGAGCACCCUCACCCGCUCGUCAUGGGCAACAUCACUGCACAGAUGUUCGGGAGUCUAGACGUCUGCAGGACUGUUUGUGGUCGCUUCGGAGGACUCUGGCCACGGCCCGUCACUGCUGCCCUGAGCUCACAGACUGUUAGGAUCCAUCCUAAUUAUCUGAGGUUCGACUUAGUGGAUGUGCCAGCAGAGUCUCGCGAUCUCCUCGUUCAAAUGACGAAGCUUGUUGGAGACAACCUGCUCGCCGAAUGCGGAGGCAACGUCACCGAGAUUGUAGAGACGCCUAUCGUCGUCUACAUCUCAGUGAAGACUGCUGUCACCUCGCUUGUUUGGGACACUGACGAGCACUACAUGCUUGAUGUUCAGACCAAAGAGGAAGAAAUAGCUGUCCACGUGGUUGCAGAUACGGUAUUCGGAGCUCGUCACGCAUUCGAAACAUUUACUCAGCUAGCUUCCCCCGAAAGAUUAGACGAUGGAGAAGGGAAUAGAUGUGGUCUCCGCCUGGUGUCGGGAGCUAAAAUUCGCGACCGACCAGUGUACAAGCAUAGAGGUUUUGUCAUGGAUAGUUCUAGACACUUCAUACCCAUGGCGGAUAUUAAGAGGACGAUAGAUGGGCUUGCAGCUACUAAAAUGAAUGUUUUCCAUUGGCACGUGACUGAUUCCCACAGCUUCCCGUUGGAGUCAAGUAGAGUGCCACAGUUUACGAGAUACGGUGCUUACUCUGCAAAGGAGAUAUACACGACGGAAGAAGUAAGAGAAUUGAUCGAAUACGCCAAAGUUCGAGGAGUCCGCGUAGUCAUAGAAAUUGAUGCGCCUGCGCAUGCCGGCAACGGCUGGCAAUGGGGCAAGGAGUAUGGGUUUGGUGACCUAGCGGUGUGUGUUAACGUUUACCCAUGGCGUCCGUACUGCAUUGAACCUCCGUGUGGACAGCUGAAUCCCGCCAACCCGGCCAUGUACCGCGUCCUGCGGGACCUCUAUCGGGACAUCGCUGAGACCAUGACAAAGCCGCCGCUGCUGCAUAUGGGAGGAGACGAGGUAUUCCUAAACUGCUGGAACUCUAGCGAAGAGAUAGUGACGUACAUGAAGAAUAAGGGCUGGGAUACGACCGACGAAGGUUUCCUGAAGCUAUGGGGCGAGUUCCAUGAGAAGGCUCUUCAGAUUUGGGACGAGGAGGUCCACGCCGCCGGUGCUGGCGAUCCGCAACCCGUGAUGUUGUGGUCUUCAGAGUUGACGCAACCACAGAGGAUACAGCGGUUCUUGGACAAGAACAGAUACAUCAUCGAAGUGUGGGAAGUCAUCACCAGUCCGUUACUAUCCCAGCUCCUCAGACUGGGGUACCGCGUGGUAUCAGUACCGAAAGACAUCUGGUACCUAGACCACGGUACCUGGGGCGUCACCAAGUACUCCAACUGGAGGAGGAUGUACUCCCACAAGCUGCCAACGGAGGACGGCGUGAUUGGAGGAGAAGUUGCCAUGUGGACUGAAUACUGUGAUUCGCAAGUACUAGACACGCGCGUGUGGCCGCGGACUGCCGCAGUGGGCGAGCGGUUAUGGGCCAACCCCAACACGGACGUGUACUCGGCCGAGCCGCGCCUGCAGCGGCACCGCGCGCGCCUCAUCGCGCGGGGCAUCAAACCCGACGCCAUGGCGCCCGCCUGGUGCGAGCAACACGAGUCGCGCUGUUAUUGAUACUUCAAAACCAAAACUGAUUUCUUCACGGCCUUUAAUAUACGAUCCCAAAACUUCGGACAAGAAUGACAUUGACGCGUAAUUAUUAAUUAACUUGUCAAUAAAACUUAACCUCGUAUGUCUUAGCGUGUAAGUGUCAGUACUUUGUAAUUCAAAGUUCUGUACGCUGUUGCUACUGUUUACGGGCGAUUGUAUGGUUUAACAUCAGGCAAACGGCGAGCUAAUCUCGUCAUUUAACUGUGUUAAAAGAACAUAUAUAAAAGAACAUAUCGAUGCGACAGUUGAAACACUUGAAACACAAUCGUCUUAAGCGACAAUAUUUCGGAAUAAUUGAAAUAAGGUUUAAAAGGCGCAGAAAUAAACACUGAUUUCAAAUAAAUGUAUAACUUUAUCGCAUAAAAAGUCGGUCAAAUCAAUUAGCCUUACAACUAUCGAUAUUAUGAAAAGGUCCAGUGUUCUGUGUCAAUCGAUCCGUAGUGAUUGGGUGCGUUUACUGAUAUCGUUCGUAAGUCGUUUGUUUUUCAUCUAUUUAUUGCCGCAAUAUAGAUAGUAGCAAUUGACGUGAUAUCCUUGGCCUUAAUGAUUGUUACUGUUUUCUAUUUAUGUUUACUGUCAACAGCAAUAUCGGCAAGCGAGGUGAAUUUCAUUCCUAUAUUUAUAACAACUCUAUUAUAAUAAUCUUUUUAUCCCAACCAAAUAUAAUCAAUAUUAAAUAUACCUACUUCAUCCAUACCUAAUGCAUAAUCGUUAUAAAAUAUUUUACCACUAUUUCAUUAAAACAAUACUUAUUUCAAUAGCAAAACUAUCAUAAUAUGAAUAACACGUAAAUGUAUAAUGUUUUUGGUAAAUAUAAACUUAAAAAUACAUUGAUCUCAACAUUUAAACAUGACAGACACGGUAAAGUGCUAAGUUUUGCAUAAUAAUGUUUCUAGUGAACAAAUCGUUAUAAAUUACAGUCAUGUAAUGAACAAUUUGGUUUAUUUUAUUAUGUUAUUUGAUGAAAGUUAAUUAAAAUUGGUUUUAAAGCCUCUAAAUAUUUCUAGAUUGUUAUUUGUAGUCUGAUGAUUGUGUUAUAGCAUAGUUAUUGAAUCAAUAAAAAUGCUUACAAGCAUAAUAUAAGGAACACUUCCACUGCUAAUACGAUUAUACAAUUAACUAUAAGACUAAAGUUUUAAAACCGCCUGAAGUAUUGAAUUCUUCAAUGUUUUUAUAGUUCAGUAAAUCAACGAUCAUUGUGUUAAUAUGACCGAAUAUAAAAUUUAAUUAUUUAAUUAUAUGCCCUGUAUAUCAAACUAUUGGUUACAUAUUAUCAAAAUAUAAUUAUAAAUGUUAUACAAAUAAAGGUGCUAUUUAAAC